AUGGGAGGCGACAAGGCUAUCAGUCUUGAGGAGAUCAAAAAUGAGACCGUUGAUCUGGAAAAGGUUCCAAUUGAGGAGGUCUUCGAGCAGUUGAAAUGUACCCGAGAGGGUUUGAGUGCCGACGAAGGGGAAAGCAGGCUUCAGAUUUUCGGCCCGAACAAGUUGGAAGAGAAAAAGGAAAGCAAAUUUCUCAAGUUUCUCGGUUUUAUGUGGAACCCGCUCUCAUGGGUUAUGGAAGCUGCUGCUAUCAUGGCAAUUGCGCUGGCAAACGGAGGUGGCAAGCCUCCGGAUUGGCAAGACUUUGUUGGAAUUGUUUGCUUGCUCGUUAUCAACUCGACUAUCAGUUUCAUUGAAGAGAACAAUGCAGGAAACGCUGCUGCUGCCCUUAUGGCUGGUCUUGCUCCAAAAACCAAGGUUCUCAGAGAUGGCCGAUGGAGCGAGCAAGAAGCCGCAAUCCUUGUUCCUGGAGACAUUAUCAGCAUUAAGUUGGGAGAUAUCGUUCCUGCUGAUGCCCGUCUUCUAGAAGGUGAUCCUUUAAAGAUUGACCAAUCUGCCCUCACCGGAGAAUCCCUUCCCGUGACCAAGAACUCGUAUGACGAAGUCUUCUCCGGUUCAACCUGCAAGCAAGGUGAGCUUGAGGCUGUCGUAAUUGCCACAGGUGUCCACACCUUCUUCGGUAAGGCAGCACAUCUAGUGGACAGCACUAACCAGGUGGGACACUUCCAGAAAGUUCUAACAGCAAUUGGAAACUUCUGUAUCUGCUCUAUUGCCGUUGGUAUGCUGGCAGAGAUCAUAGUCAUGUACCCGAUCCAGCACAGGGAGUACAGAAAGGGAAUUGACAAUCUCUUGGUUCUUUUGAUCGGAGGUAUUCCCAUUGCUAUGCCCACUGUCUUGUCUGUCACGAUGGCUAUCGGGUCCCACAGGCUGUCACAGCAGGGAGCCAUCACCAAGAGAAUGACAGCUAUUGAGGAAAUGGCUGGCAUGGAUGUAUUGUGCAGUGACAAGACCGGGACUUUGACUCUCAACAAAUUGACUGUCGACAAAUCCUUGAUUGAGGUCUUCACAAAGGGUGUGGAACCUGAUCAUGUGCUGCUUCUUGCUGCAAGGGCUUCCAGAGUUGAAAAUCAAGAUGCUAUUGAUGCUGCUAUUGUCGGUACACUCGCUGACCCGAAGGAGGCAAGAGCUGGUGUCAAGGAGAUUCAUUUCUUCCCCUUCAACCCUGUGGAUAAGAGGACUGCUUUGACUUACAUUGACUCUGAUGGGAACUGGCACAGAGCUAGCAAGGGAGCCCCGGAACAGAUUUUGACUCUCUGCAAUUGCCGUGAAGACUUAAAGAAGAAGGUGCACAGUGUUAUUGAUAAAUUUGCUGAGCGUGGGCUCCGUUCGUUGGCUGUUGCUAGACAGGAAGUGCCGGAGAAAUCGAAGGAAUCCCCUGGUUCUCCAUGGCAAUUCAUUGGACUCUUGUCCCUUUUCGAUCCUCCAAGACACGACAGUGCUGAAACCAUUCGAAGGGCUCUAAAUCUUGGUGUGAAUGUCAAGAUGAUUACUGGUGAUCAACUUGCCAUUGCUAAGGAGACUGGCCGUAGGCUUGGGAUGGGAGUAAACAUGUACCCGUCUUCUUCUUUACUUGGUAACCACAAGGACGAGUCUAUAGCUGGACUUCCUGUUGAAGAACUCAUUGAGAAGGCAGACGGUUUUGCCGGGGUCUUUCCAGAGCACAAAUACGAAAUUGUGAAGAAAUUGCAGGAGAGGAAGCAUAUAGUUGGAAUGACAGGAGAUGGUGUGAAUGAUGCCCCUGCUCUAAAGAAGGCCGAUAUCGGUAUUGCUGUGGCUGAUGCUACUGAUGCUGCAAGAGGUGCUUCGGACAUUGUGCUCACGGAACCUGGGCUUAGUGUCAUCAUUAGUGCAGUGUUGACCAGCCGAGCUAUUUUCCAGAGGAUGAAGAACUAUACCAUAUAUGCAGUCUCCAUCACCAUCCGUAUUGUGUUUGGUUUCAUGUUCAUUGCUUUGAUCUGGAAGUUUGAUUUCUCCCCAUUCAUGGUUUUGAUCAUCGCCAUCUUGAAUGACGGCACAAUCAUGACCAUCUCCAAGGAUAGAGUGAAGCCUUCACCAUUGCCCGACAGCUGGAAAUUGAAUGAGAUAUUUGCCACCGGCGUCGUUCUUGGAGGCUAUCUUGCAUUGAUGACUGUUAUAUUCUUCUGGAUGAUGCACGAAACCGACUUUUUCCCCGACAAAUUUGGAGUCAGAUCUAUUAGAGAUAAUGAAGACGAAAUGAUGGCUGCUCUAUACUUGCAAGUGAGUAUUGUUAGCCAGGCCCUUAUCUUCGUCACCAGGUCAAGAAGUUGGUCAUUCGUUGAACGCCCCGGACUUCUGCUACUAGUCGCUUUCUGCAUUGCACAAUUGAUUGCAACCCUGAUUGCUGUAUAUGCAAACUGGGGUUUCGCAAGAAUCCAAGGGUGUGGUUGGGGAUGGGCUGGUGUUAUCUGGCUUUACAGCAUUGUCUUCUACGUACCCCUCGACCUAAUGAAGUUCGCCAUCCGUUACAUCUUAAGUGGAAAGGCGUGGCAAAAUCUCUAUGACAACAAGAUUGCAUUCUCGACCAAGCAAGAUUAUGGAAAAGGAGAGAGAGAAGCUCAAUGGGCUCAUGCUCAGAGGACUUUGCACGGGCUUCAAAAUCCGGAAGCUGGUAAUCUAUUCAACGAGAAGAGCAGCUACAGAGAACUGUCUGAAAUUGCAGAGCAGGCCAAGAGGAGAGCUGAGAUUGCCAGGCUUCGUGAGCUGCACACACUAAAGGGUCACGUCGAAUCGGUGGUGAAGCUAAAGGGUCUCGACAUUGACACCAUCCAGCAGCACUACACCGUCUGAAGAAACCCAAAGAAAUCCCGAACGAACGAAUGAAUCUUUUUUUUUAACGAUGAAUUGUGGCUCUUGAAACAGAGAGCGAAAAUAAUCUUAGGGAAACAGAAAAGAGUGCUUUUUUCUA